CAACAUUUGGUAAUGUAAUACUAGAAAAUGGAGAAAAUUUGCAUAAGGAAAAUUGAAUUUUGACAUUUUCCAAGAAGUAACUUACGGUUACUACCUUUUCGCCUUAUUUGCCGUUUCCGGGAAACUGGGUACAAACUAUCCCAUACACCUUUUGGGUACUAUCAAAUCAAAUAUGGCGGAUGAGGGUUGCCUAAGUGAAUGUAAACAACAAAUUUAGAAAGCGUAUGUAAGGUCAGUUAAAAAAAUGCCCAGUGAAGAAGACUCUGAUAGUGACGUACAACAAGGAGCGACGUGGGAGCAUCAGUCCUUGGCACAGGUAUGAUCAAAACAAACACUGUCAAUGACAAAUCACGGCUUUUGUUUGUCUCGAUCUGUAAGACAUUACAGCAUGGAUAACUUUUGAUAAACAAAUUAACAUAUGCGUCAUAGUAAUUGUAGCGGAAUGUGUAAUAAGAAAAUUUUAAGACUCGAUCGCAAAAUUGAGAUGAAAACCUACUCACCCCUUUUCAGUGACAAGAGAAAUAAGAAUACCAGAUUCAUUUUUUGACAAAGAGCCAAGUAUAAUUCAUGUUGACAAUUUUCAGUCUUUUCAUAGGAAAAAUAUGAACAAAAUAACAUAGUUGUAAGAUUUUUUUUCUCUUAAGACUUCCCUGGCUUGCAUCGGGUAAGCAAAUAUUGAGCCAGAACCGUUUAAGGUCCUAAUAAAGAGAAGAAAUUGAACAGAUUUUGCAAAGGAGAUUAUCUUAGUUACUAAGAAAAUAAGUUUCUUCUCCAUCCUUUAAAUUCCUCUAUAGGUUAAGAUAAAAGUUCUAAGAGGACAUAAAGAUGCUGUAAACAGCUGUUCAUUUGCCUUUGAGGACUCCAAAAUAGUUACAGCUUCACAUGACAAGACUCUGAGGCUUUGGGUGGGUUUUUUUCAUUCACUUACUUCUGAUUCAUUUUAUUUAAAAAAAGGUGCAGCCAAUUUAAUUUAUUAUUAUCUUAUUAGUGGUAUUUUAAAUUAAUAUAUGUUUUCACAUUUUUUUUCUUUUUGAUAAUAGCUAGGUUUAAUGAACAAUCUUGUAUAUAUUUUUUGUAAAUAUUUCUGUAAACAUAUUUAAUAGAAAGGUUCAAUUAACAAUUUUGUAUAUUUUUGUGAGAAAAUUUCUGUAAACAUUUUUAAUAGUUAGGAUUGAUUUAUAACUUUGUGUAGAUAAUAGGUAAGUCCACAUCAGCUAUUUUAGCUGCCACUUUUUGACCUACCUUAACUAUUAAACUCCCAUGAGUGACCAAGACAGAAUUUCUCCUUACAAUAUCAAUACAAUAUCAACCAGAUAGGUAAUGAGUAUAAAUAAAAAUAGCAAUUUAAGGAUAAUCAGUUGAUCCAGUACUAAAUUCUCUGUACUAACAUUAUAAGAAUUAUAUGGUUGACAGUGAGGAGAGUUACAAAUUUGAUCUAGUCCAAGUUAUGUUGGGAAAACAAGGUGAAAUAUGCAUUACCCAUUUAUCAUAAUUACAUAAUUAUGGAAUUUGCAGCUUAUCCAAUGCUUGGGAAGAUAAAGAAGGCUGUAAAGGUUUUGGUUCCUCUUUAAUGUAUAAUUAUGUUACAAAAAUUUUCAUCAUCUUGAAAAGGUGCACAUAUUUGAUAUCCAAGUUGUAUUGGCCUUUUACAAUGAAAGACUAGUGUAAUCACAUCUACAUGUGUAAUACAAUCACCUACUAUGUUGAAAUAAGAUUGUCUGGGUAUGACAGCUUGGUUUGGCUGCCUUAAUUUCUGUAUGCUUACUUUUAAUAAUUCCAUAGUUCCACACACAUUGUGUGAUUAAAAAUGCAUACCUUAACAUUCUUUUUAACUUCAUGUACACUUGUGAACUUUUUUUUAGGAUGCCAAUUCUGGAGCUCAAGUCAAUGUCUUUAAAGGUCACGAUUCCUAUGUUACAUGCUGCCAUACAGACCCAAACAAUGCCAGGUUUGAUGAAAGUUGAAAUACUUUUUCUUUAAAAAAAACUGUUGGAGGGGGCUAAUGGAUGAUUUAGCUUGCUAAGUUACACUUGUUAGCAUCUAUCCUUGUGGUUAGAUCCUAAAAAUGCACUGUUUAUUUUAAAAAUUAAAAUGAAUUGGAUUGUGUCCUUAGCAAACACAUAUCGUUAUUUUCUGGAGAUUCAGUAAAAGAGCUCUCAGUAUCAAUAUAUCCAGGUGAACUAUACUAUUAAUAUGAUAUACUUGUGGUCUAGGAUAGCUUCAGGUGGAUGGGAUAAAAGGCUUCUUGUCUGGGAUAUUCAGACUGGUACAAUUCUGGUGAGCAUACUGAAACCCAAUUUAAACCUUAAUAGCAGUAAAUACAUAUCCACCAUCCUGUUCUCUAUAUUUAACAAAUAGAUUCCAAGUUGCUGUGCGUCUGUUCAGUAAUAGAUCAUAGAUGACGUCAAAAUGUGGUAAGAACAAAAAAGUGGCACAAGAGGCGCAGUCGAGUGUGUCACUGAUGUUCUUACCACAUUUUGACGUCCUCUAUUAUCUAUUACUGAAAAGACACAUGGCAACUUGGAAUUUUUUUGUUUAAUACAAUAAAGAAUUUAAAAAAGUUUUAAUGAUGACGUCAUCUAUACGUCUGUCCUCCAAUAGAUCAUAAGUGAGAACCAAUCAGAAUGCGUGCAUAUUUGAGCUUAUUAUAUAAAUUAUUACCGACAAUGAGAAUUUGUCAAAUCAUCAAUGGCUUUAUUUAGCAAUUUUUUCCAUUUUCUCAUGUCCUUACUGUUUGAUUCAGUGGUUAUAUUGUAAGGAAAAAUAUGGAUAUGCUAGUCACUCUUAAGGGAAUAGAGAGUUAUUUUAUUGCAUGAAACAACCACUCAACUCUGCUCAUUUAAUAAUACAGAAUACCAUGAUGAAAGUAAAUAUAAAGAGAGGCCUGCGGUUGGUCAACAUGAGGUUGCAAGAAAUUAGUGCAAGGCCAUGCACUUACUGUUAACUGGGGUGUCUAUGGCAAAAAGAAAAUUACUUUGGACUCAAAUCAAUUGUGGGGAGACAGCCAAGUCAGGCUUUUAACUCAAUCCUGAGUUUCUUGUUAACAAGAGAAAAUUGAAGGCAACCCAUCUUGUUUGAUAAGUCUUUUUAUUAGUUGUCCUGUCAUCAAAGUGGUGAGGAGUUUUUUUAAAAUUGUUGAACAGAUGAGGCACUCAUUCACAGAUUUACUUUUUUUUACUUUUGUUUAUCUAGUGGGAAGCAAUGAAUGAAGGUAUAGUAACAUCAUGUCACUUCUCUCAUGAUGGACGUUACCUUGUCAACAGUAGUGACUUGGAUUUUGCUGUCAGUGUGUGGGAUGUACGGGAAGGAUCUCUCAUCAAGAAACUUUUCAGUGAGUAGUGUGAUUGUUUUUUGCAGUGGGAGUUGCAUGUUUGUGCCUUUAAGGAAUUUGUAUCACUGAGGAUUAUUUUAUCUUAAAAACAUAAAGAGUCUAUUGGAAAAUGCACAGUGGGUCAAAUUAGUAAGACACUACAUCUUUUAACUGAGUUGUCUUAUUUUCCAUUACAUUGCAAACAUAUUGGUGACACUCUUUUGUGUUCUAAUUUGCAUUGUUUUUCAUGACGAAAACAAUCAGUAAAGAGUGAAAAGCAAUAUCUCUGUGAAACUGAUGGAAAAUCCUGCUCUGAUGAACAAGGAAACACUAAAUAUGAAGAACAUUCCAUAAAACUCAGAAUUAUUCAAGGAUUUUGUCCAUAGUAAAUAAUAAAGCAAAGGAAUUGAGAAAACGUAUCUAUUGACAUGUAAGAAUUUUUUAUUGAGUUCAUGCUUUGUUUUUCUGGUCAAAUUUAUAAAAAGGGAUGUUACCUGGUAACUUAAAGAUAUUUGCUUACUCUGAGGGCUUUUCCAUUAGAUAUUAUCUUCAACACUGCAUGAUAAAAGAAAAUUCACAUCUUUAGACUUCAGGAUGGUUUUCUCUACAUAACCAUUUAAAUUUUUGUGAUCAGAUGUGCAGUAUUUAAACCUCUAGGAAUAGUACAAGUAUCUCUUAAAUAUUUCAUUUAGUUUCUCCUUAUGGUCACCUUCACUACCAGAUCACAAGAGUACAGUUACAUGUUGUCGCUUUGCUCCAAGCCAAAACAGGAUUUGUACAACCUCCAUGGACAGAACAACAAAGAUCACAGACAUGCUUACAUUUACAAAUGAUUAUAAUGUUACUCUUACAAUGGGGUGAGGCUUACAAGUCAGCUUUGAGGCUUCAUAUAUCAUAUUAUGUACUAAAUAAUUAUUACUAACAGUAGCUAUGAAUUAAGUCUUUAGCUCCCCGAUCACAAAACUAAUUCACUUAACUGCUGUGAGCACAUUUUGUUGUAGGUUAUUUAAAUAAUUUGAUUUUAUUGCAAACAAUAUCCCCUGGUAUUAUAUUGUAAUUCACAUAACCUUUCUGUUUGAUGGUGAAAUGAAAUUGUAAGGAGAAUUUAAGUUUUCAUAACUCUUUGGAAUGAUAGGGAACUCUUUGUUAAGUUCAUCUUGGUAGUAUGACUGCUUGUCAUUACAAUCCAAUUUUCAUAGCUGGACAGUGAUUGCAUUAAGUCUGCUAUACCUCUUAGCAUGUUAGACAAAUUGCUAAGAAAUUAUGUGUAUGAUGCUCUGCCCACAAUGUCUUAUUCACUUAUUUACUGAUUCCAUGGUGCAUCAAUUAGUUGAUAAUUUAGCUCAUUUUUUAUCUCCAGGGGACAUAUCAAUGUUAUCUCCAGCUGUUCCUUCAGCAGUGAUGAACACUUAUUGGCCACAGGAUCAUGGGAUAAAAAUAUUAAGAUAUGGGAUCUUGCCACUGGUGUCUAUAGGUACCAAAGCGCUGUUUGAAUAACUGUAUUAUACAAGCAUUAUAUUUUAGGGUCCUUUAUCAAGCAAAUAGUAAUGUUGUGUAGUAGAUGUAAAGAAUGGCAGAAAUCACCCACUUUGUAUUCUUUUGUACUGUAGUCUUAAAAAGCAGGAUUGUUGUUAAGAGAUGUAGUUGUACAGGAGGAUAUCCUCCAUGUCUGAAUUUAAAAUAGCCCAGGUCAUAGAAAUUUUGAGGAAGAAUUUUGUGAUUUGCAAUUCCCAAUAGACACCUUGAAAAAGCCUAGGUGCAUUGCUGGGGUACUUCAUCAGAAUGUACCAUUUGGAGAGAGAGGGGGGAGGGGAGAGGGGGGGUGGAAGAGGGUAAUUUAUAAUUGUUCAUGGUUUUAUCAAAUAUUUAUCCAUAAGGUAUAGAUGGUCUUUGUCUUACAAGCUGCUUUAAGUUUUAUGUAGGAAAAUACUAGAAGGCCAUCCUCUUGCUUUCCUUAUCAAUACAUUUUUUUUAAUGUUUCUUCAUAGCAUGAGUAAGGCAAGCAAUUUUUUUUUAAACUCUCUCUUACUUCAUUGAAACUUUACCUUUGAAAAACACAUCAAAUAAAAUAUGUCAUGAAAUAGUUUUGUUACAUGUACUUUGUGAUCUUAUGUUCCUUAGUUUUAAUUUAUUUCUAAAGUUAAACCUGUUUCAUUAACCAGGAAUCAUGGACCAAUCACUCUCUCCAAAGGACAUGAAGGUUCUAUCAGUGCAUGCAACUUCAGUGAAGAUGGUGAGUUGGAAAAUUGAUCCUGUUUUGUGUUUCUGUUUGAUCCAUGCCUUAUUAAUUAAUAAAAUUAUUAUUUUAAUUGAUUCUUGGUACUAGAUUAAGUACAUUCUGCCCCAAGAUGAUUACGGAUGUUAUAUCAAAAAUACUUCAGUCAUACAGUUAAUGGAAAUUGAUGAUCACUCAACUUGAUUUUAUUUUUCAUUUUCACUCAUUCAAUGUUUCUGUGAUGUUGUCUCCAUUGCAGGUGGCAUAUUAGUUUCUUCAUCAUAUGAUGAAACUUUGGUUAUAUGGGAUGUUGAAAAUUGUUGUCAGAAAUUUGCCCUCAAGGUAUUUACACAUCAUUUUAACCCUUUAACCCCUACGAGUGACUGGUAUCCAAUUUCUCCUCACCAUGUCACCCCUGAAUCAAACAUUAAGGAAAGGAGAAUAAAGGAGCUGAUCAUCAACUAAAGAAGCUCUUGAUUCUUAGACAAAUCCUUCAUGUCUGCAUCUUAAAACAGUGUGUAGAUAACAGUAUGGAGAAUAUGCAUUAUUUCUCACCAGACUUUAUGUUACUUUCAAUAUAUAUGUUAUGUUUUACAUUAUAGUAAAAUAAGUUCAAGUAAGAUUCCAGAAUGUUACUUGCCGGGUUAAUUUGUAAUUUGCACUUACAGAUCUUUAGAGCAGCACUGCAAGUACUUUCCUUUCCUCUGUUUUGAGUUAAAUCAACAUAAUUCAGAUGGGAAUAGAAAGUUAAUAUUUUAUCAUGUGACCCAUACAGGCUCAUGUGUACUCUUAUGUCAAACAUUUAGUAGAGUCAUAAAAUGCCAUCAGUCCUAUGUACAACCCUGGAAGAAGGGAAAGGCAAGAAGAAAGGCAGGACAGACAACUGAGGGGUUGUCCUAUGAUCAAAUGCUUAUUUACUGGGUCGGAUAGAGCUAGAGGGAAAAAAUCUUGAGCUCCUGGUCAUGAAUUAUAAACCUUGCUGUGCUCCAUACAUCAUUACCUUGCGUUAUGAAUUAUAUAGCAUGUUAAACUGACUAUUUCCUGGUUUUUUUCAGGGUCACACAGGAUGGGUGAAUGACUGCAGAUUUAGCACAGACCAGAAAUGGAUAAUAUCCUGCUCAAAUGUUAGUGUGUUAUGCUUUUAAAUGAAGGCCUUUCAGGAUUUUUAACAAGGUUUUCAUUCUAACCCAAAAACUUCCCAUUCACGUAGCCUCCUGGCCCUAUAAUUGUAAUCAAUUUCAUUGUGGGUUAAUUAUCAUGUUUUUGUAUCAUUUUGUAAAGUACAAGAGCAGAUUAAGUAUUAUUCUUAGGUGGUUGAUAUUAUUUAGCUUGUUUGUGUUUUACCUUGAACAAGAGAGCAAACAAAAUUUGUUAGUUUCUAACUUUAAUUGUGUCCAAUUUUUGGAGGUAUACCAAAACACUUGAGUGCAUAAUCUCAGGAACCAGUGGUUUUACUUCUUACCAAAUUAAAAUAACAGCCUCUGAAGGAUUUCAAGUUUGCAUGAAAAAACUGUUGCUGUGAAUGGAAUUCAAAGUAAUUAUCAUUUAUUAAUUUUUGUAUUUCAGGAUAAAACUGUGCGUAUGUGGAACAUUGAAUCAAGUGAUGAUAUACCAGUGGUACUAGAACACAGAAAGAACAUUGGGUUAAGAAUUGUCCAGGUUUGUUCAACUUUUUACUGCUUACAUUUUUAUACCAUUGUGUCGUGGAAUAUAUUCCUUAAUGAAACAACAUGAAUUUUUUUUAUGUUUGAGUGCCUAUUUAUAGUGCCUUUCAAUUUAUAAGUGACUGGGAUUUUACCAUUUUUUGUUUCGCAGUUUUUGUACCAUGUCAUCGGUUCAAACCCUCAAAGUGUUCUUUAUUCCUUUACUUUCAGUGUCAAAACUGCAGCAAGCCUUUCUCUAUUGCACAAUUGGAUGAUGAACAAAAUCACAAGUACUGUGUUUUCUGUCGCUUGGAGCACCCUUCAGAAUUCUCAGCUUCACCAAUUGACUUCAACAUGUGAUCUUUAGUCAACCAUGAGAUGAAGCAAUAAAGACAGAGUGUUGCUGCUGUGAACAUUGCAAUUCAAAUCUCUAUAACCAUGAAAGAUUUAAACAAAAUUAAACAAUUCUUUGGUAUCCUCCUACAUCCUUAACUCUUUUAACUCCCAGGAGUGAUUAACAUGUAACUUCUCCCUACAAUAUCCUUGUCAUCCAGCAAACAAGUAAUGGGAAUACUCAAACUUAUCAGAUAGAAGUUGUCAUCUUGAUCUAACACCAAAUUCUCGUAGCUAAUUGACAAGGAAAUGUGUAGUAGCAAGGGGGAGAAUAAAUAAUAAUCAGAAGUUGGGAGCUGAAGGGUUAAGGCAAAAACAGUAAUCUUUCCCUUGUGUGUUAGAUCAGGUACCAAGACAAAUUCGAUUCAUGUACUCAUUGCCAUUAAGAUUUUAAACUUACAAAUCAAUAACAGAACAGAACUAGACAAGGUCAUAUUUAUUUUUUCUUAUAUUUUAAUAUAGCUCUAAGUUAUUAAACCACGUUGUAAAUAGUCAAAGCAAUGGUAUUUGUACAAAAUUGACAUGUUCUUACUUGACUUUUGCAAUUUCAUACUGUGGAUGAGACAUUGAAACAUUGUAGUUAUUUUAUACCAACAUUUUUCUGCAUUUUAUUAAUAUACCUGUAUGUUAUACUGUUAUUUCCUUUAUCUGUAGGUUGAAACUGUAUACAUUAAAUGGCAAUAAUGUAUAAACUUUUAAAAGCAUUUUAGGAUUUUAUUUGUGUUUACAGAGCCUUACCUAAACACAAGGGGCUUUGGCAGAAUUUGAAAUACUUAUGCAAAUGAAAGGUAUUGUUGAUGGAUUGGUUAACUCAGCCUUCUACACUUAACAUCAGUAAGCAUAUUCUCAAUAUUGCUGCUAACAAGGAGAAUUUGUUUGACAAUCAGGAGCUUCUUUAGUUGGUGAUCAUUUCCUCUAUUCUUGUGACCUAAAUGCAUGGUUCAGGGGUGAUGUUGUAUGAGAAAUCAGAUGCUUGUUAGGGUUAAAGGGGUUCUCCUGGCCUCCAUGAGUGCAUAGAUGGAGCUACGUAAACACAUAAAAAGUCUUCCAUUACUUUUACAAAAUAUCAAGUUGCUCAAAAAUAUCUACAAUCCCAAAACUUCUUCACAUUUUAAACUUACUUUCAUUUUAACACAACUAUCAACCAAUGAGAGUGCAAUUAGUAUUUCAUUUAUUUUAUAAUAAAUGUUACAGCAUUAAUUUUAGUUUCGGCUGUAAUCUAUCUCACCUACUGUAUGUCCUAGUGAACAUUGUGAUGAUAUUCUUCUGUUUCAAUUGUCCUCCCAAUGUUUACUCAAACAAUAUACAUCACAACUGGUUCCAAACCUACAUCACUGUUAGCUUUAACUCCCAGUAGUGAUUAACAUGUAACUUCUUGCUAUAAUAUCAUUCAUUAUCCAGCAAACAGGUAAUGAGAAUACUCAAACUUAUCAGGUAGAAUUUGUUAUCUUGAUCUAAUACCAAAUUCUUGGAAAUAAUUUACAAGAAAAUGUGUAGCAGCUUGAGAGGUAAAGGGUUAACUCUAUUUUAUUUUACACAAUAAGUUUUUUCUUUGGG